CUGAAGAGAGGCCCGGGCCGCCGGGGAGCUCCUGCAGAGUCAGGGCCGGAGGAGCGGGCGGAAGCUAUUUAAUUAACAAAAUGAAGCCUGCAAAGCUGCACUAUUGGAUUCUGGGUUGGUUUUCUAUGGCAUUAUGUUGUUGGUGUACUUCAGAUAAAUUCACUCAAAGUGACAACCACCCUCAUACCUGGAAAAAGCUGUAUCUUGCUCAUCAUUGGCCAGUGACUGUAUGUAAGAUGAGUGCUAAUGAUUGUCAAGACCCUCCAGAGUACUGGACAAUCCAUGGACUGUGGCCUGACAAAACUGAAGAGUGUAAUAGGACAUGGCAUUUCAAUGUCACCGAGAUUAAGGAUCUUAUGUCAGACAUGAGACACUAUUGGCCUGAUGUGCUUCAUUCGUCUCUGAAUCGCACCCAGUUCUGGAAACAUGAGUGGGAGAAACACGGCACUUGUGCAGCCACGCUUCAGGUCCUUAAUUCUCAGAAGAAAUACUUUGGUAAAGCCCUAGAACUCUACCAGCACGUUGAUCUUAACAGUUGCCUCCUGAAAGCUGGGAUAAAGCCAAGCAGUUCAUAUUACCAGAUGACUGCCAUAAAGGAAGCUCUUACAAGAUUUUAUGGUGUAACACCAAAGAUUCAGUGUCUUCCUCCGGAAGAGGGUGAAAAAGCACAAACAAUUGGUCAGAUUGAAUUCUGCUUCACCAAAGAACUGCAGCUGAGAAACUGCACGGCGCUGGAGGGUGAAUCCGACCCAAUGCAGGCUGACUUGAAGCUUGGAACUGAGGAGUUGUCUGUCUGCAGUGAUACUCUCCCAACCUAUUAUCCUUCACAGGUCUAAGAACACAAAGGAAGCCAUAAGUUUGAAAAACUUUUUAAAAAACAACAAAAACCAAACCCUUAAACAUUAUACCUCGGAAAGCACUCUUGACUUAGCAAUAUUACAAAGCCUGGUCCAUAUCACAGGCAUGCUGUGAAGAUUUCUGCUGGAAAACAUGCUUCUUUUGCCAUUAAAGGAGAAUGGUCCACAUUGUAGUAUCAGUUACACAGGCUUAAGUAUUGAAUUGUGGCUCUGAUAUUGAUGGAAUCAGAAUCUGACUUACAGCUUUGCCUGGACUUUUCAGAUUGUUUAUGGUUUGAAUCAAUGUUUAAAAGAGAACUGUGACUUCUUAGUUUUACUUGCAAUUAAGUCUGCCACUUCAGCCACUUCUGGAUUUUGUCGCGAGUCAGGGAAAUUAAGUCAUUCUUUGUUUUGAAAGGAUACUUCUCCCUCUGAGAUGAGAUGACAAUUUCUUGAGAAGAAAAUACUGUAAACAGAAAGAACUUAGAGACCUGUCUGAAGGUCCUUUUCCAAACAUAAUACCCACUGCCUUGUGUAAGUUUGCUCUCCAGAAGUGCUGAACAGAGGCUGUGUCCUCUGAGGCUUUAAACCUUUCCUCAUUCAGAGAUUGUGGCCGACCGAGUUUGACAACUUUUGCAUAACUUCUUAGUGAAUGAAAUAACGUUCACCAGGUUUUGACACUGCUGUCUAAAGGACCCCAGGAGGACUAUAUAUGUAGCUUUACCUAUUCUUUGAUUGAUUUUGCUACAGUAGCUCCAUACAGUCUUGAAGAACAACCAAUCUUAGAAUUUACUUGCUAGUAUAGGAAAAUGUUAGGCCCUAAAAAUGUUAUUAAUUUUUUGUUGUAUUUGAGCAUUUAGCAUUACCAUACAAGUGUGAGUGCCUGCACUUUUAUUUAAAAACGAGAUUGUCACAUAAUCGCUUUGUUCCAAGGAACAGCUUGUGAAAACAGUAAAUGCUACAGGAUUUUCAGUGAAAAAUACAAAUGUUAGCAAUAGCGUAUCUCUGUCCCAUAAUAAUUAAUAACAUGUCACAAAGUUGGAUGUUUCCAAAGGGGACCAAAUUUGGAUGACAUCUUCUACACAGUGCUGUGUUGAUGUAAGUGUCUACAAUUGUCUUUCAAAGAAAGACAAUUAUGGCUCAAGGAACCAUCUGUUAGAAAAAUAUUACUGUGAAAACAUGAAAUGCAGUAUUAAGAGCAAAUUUGUUAUGUCUUUUGGGGUUUACAAACCAUUCACAUUUACCCUUAUUUUUGACUGUCCCUGUUUUUCUACCACCUUUUAUUUAAGGCUCUGUCAACUUGUCCUUCCAGAAUGCUGUCAGUUUUUUAGUCCUUUCUUUAGAAAUGCAGAUAUUUAUUUAUUUUAACAGAGA